GUGGGCGGGCCGCUGGCGCUGUUCGCCCGGCCGCCCGCCGCCGGGCAGGCGCCGGCGCGGGCCCGCGCCGGGGGCGGGCUGCGCCUGGACGAGGAGAGCUGGUGCCCGCCCGGGCGCAUCGCGCUGGCCGCGGUCCCCUGGCUCCAGGGCCUCGCCGCGGCGGCCAGCGGAGCUUCUGCAGGGGUGCCAGGAGCUCCUGCUCGCCGUGCUGGGCGCGGGCGCGCAGGUGGCCUCCCGCGCCGGGAGGCCUGA